CCGAAGACUCCUACUUUCUGGUGAUGCAAUUCGCAAACAACGGGACUUUACGUGAAUUUUUGGAAGAGAAACGCGAUACUUUAGAUUGGGCUAAAAAGAUAUCACUGGCAUAUCAAAUUGCUGAUGGUGUUCAUUAUAUUCAUUCGCUUGAUAUAAUUCAUCGAGAUUUGCAUUCCAAAAAUAUUUUAUUGCAUGAUAAUCGAAUAAAAAUCUCGGAUUUCGGUUGUUCAAAGGACAUUAAUAGCAAAUCUUCCAGCAUACCAACAAUUCAAGGCGCCAUACCGUAUAUUGAGCCUAAAAUGUUUAUAGAACUCGAAUAUAGGAAAGAUAAAAGAUCAGAUAUUUACAGUUUAGGGGUUUUAUUGUGGGAAAUAUCAAGCUGUUGUAUCCCUUUCAGAGAUCUUAAUUGGCUAGCCCUUUUUAAUGAAAUUAUAAAUGGACUACGUGAAGAGCCAAUUGACAAUACGCCUCUUGAAUACGUGGAGUUAUAUAAAGAUUGUUGGCAGUUUGAGCCAAAAAAUCGGCCUUUAAUCCAAGAGUAUCUUAUUAUUUUGGAAUAA